GAUACCACGCGCCCCGAUACCCGGCACAGGAGCCACCUCCCAGAGCCCCGCAGUCCAUGCCUCAGUCUGCCUGCGCUCCUCAGUCUGGCGGUUCUACCUCUGAGGGUUCGCCCGCCCUUGGUUUUCCUUACACCUUCGCCUUUGGCUCCUUUGACCACUCGAAGCCCCACAGCGUGUUCCAGCGGACUUCACCAGCAGACCCAGAAGUGGUGGGUGAAACACUGCCUCUGUUCCUCCUUGAGCCUGUCGGGAGCUGCUGCCUGCCACCAUCAUGUCUGCUGCCAAUCCUGAGACUCCAAACUCAACCAUCUCCAGAGAGGCCAGCACCCAGUCUUCAUCAGCUGCAGCUAGCCAAGGCUGGGUGUUACCAGAAGGCAAAAUCGUGCCAAACACUGUUUUUGUUGGUGGAAUUGAUGAUAGGACGGAUGAAACUGAGAUUAGAAGCUUCUUUGGUAGAUACGGUUCAGUGAAAGAAGUGAAGAGAAUCAGGAAUCGAACUGGUGUGUCCAAAGGCUAUGGAUUUGUUUCGUUUGUUAAUGACGUGGAUGUCCAGAAGAUAGUAGGAUCACAGAUACAUUUCCAUGGUAAAAAGCUGAAGCUGGGCCCUGCAAUCAGGAAACAAAAGUUAUGUGCUCGUCAUGUGCAGCCACGUCCUUUGGUAGUUAAUCCUCCUCCUCCACCACAGUUUCAGAACGUCCGGCGGAAUCCAAACACUGAAACCUACCUGCAGCCCCACAUCACGCCGAGUCCUAUAACUCAGCACGUUCAGGAAUAUCCCACUUAUCCAGAUUCAGCAUUUCAGGUCACCACUGGAUAUCAGUUGCCUGUAUAUAAUUAUCAGGCAUUUCCUGCUUAUCCAAGUUCACCAUUUCAGGUCACCACUGGAUAUCAGUUGCCUGUAUAUAAUUAUCAGGCAUUUCCUGCUUAUCCAAGUUCACCAUUUCAGGUCACCACUGGAUAUCAGUUGCCUGUAUAUAAUUAUCAGGCAUUUCCUGCUUAUCCAAAUUCACCAGUUCAGGUCACCACUGGAUAUCAGUUGCCUGUAUACAAUUAUCAGGCAUUUCCUGCUUAUCCAAAUUCACCAGUUCAGGUCACCACUGGAUAUCAGUUGCCUGUAUACAAUUAUCAGGCAUUUCCUGCUUAUCCAAAUUCACCAGUUCAGGUCACCACUGGAUAUCAGUUGCCUGUAUACAAUUAUCAGGCAUUUCCUGCUUAUCCAAAUUCACCAGUUCAGGUCACCACUGGAUAUCAGUUGCCUGUAUACAAUUAUCAGGCAUUUCCUGCUUAUCCAAAUUCACCAGUUCAGGUCACCACUGGAUAUCAGUUGCCUGUAUACAAUUAUCAGGCAUUUCCUGCUUAUCCAAAUUCACCAGUUCAGGUCACCACUGGAUAUCAGUUGCCUGUAUACAAUUAUCAGGCAUUUCCUGCUUAUCCAAGUUCACCAUUUCAGGUCACCACUGGAUAUCAGUUGCCUGUAUAUAAUUAUCAGGCAUUUCCUGCUUGUCCAAAUUCACCAGUUCAGGUCACCACUGGCUAUCAGUUGGCUGUGUACAAUUAUCAGGCAUUUCCUGCUUAUCCAAAUUCAGCAGUUCAGGUCACCACUGGAUAUCAGUUCCAUGUAUACAAUUACCAGAUGCCACCGCAGUGGCCUGUUGGGGAGCAAAGGAGAAAUCUGUGGACCGAAGCUUACAAAUGGUGGUAUCUUGUCUGUUUAAUCCAGAGAAGAGACUGAUAAAUUCCGUUGUUACUCAAGAUGACUGCUUCAAGGGUAAAAGAGUGCAUCGCUUUAGAAGAAGUUUGGCAGUAUUUAAAUCUGUUGGAUCCUCUCAGCUAUCUAGUUUCAUGGGAAGUUGCUGGUUUUGAAUAUUAAGCUAAAAGUUUUCCACUAUUACAGAAAUUCUGAAUUUUGGUAAAUCACACUGGGUAUAACUUGUAUUAUUAGACUCUCUAUUUUUAUCUUAACACUGAAACUGUUCUUCAUUAGAUGUUUAUUUAGAACCUGGUUCUGUGUUUAAUAUAUAGUUUAAAGUAACAAAUAAUCGCGACUGAAAGAAUGUUAAGAUUUAUCUGCAAGGAUUUUUAAAAAAUUGAAACUUGGAUUUUAAGUGUUUAAAAGCAAAUACUGAUUUUCAAAAAAGUUUUUAAAACCUGAUUUGAAAGCUAAGAAUUUUGAUAGUCUGAACACAAGCAUUUCACUUCUCCAAGAAGUACCUGUGAACAGUACAAUAUUUCAGUAUUGAGCUUUGCAUUUAUGAUUUAUCUAGAAAUUUACCUCAAAAGCAGAAUUUUUAAAACUGCAUUUUUAAUCAGUGGAACUCAAUGUAUAGUUAGCUUUAUUGAAGUCUUAUCCAAACCCAGUAAAACAGAUUCUAAGCAAACAGUCCAAUCAGUGAGUCAUAAUGUUUAUUCAAAGUAUUUUAUCUUUUAUCUAGAAUCCACAUAUGUAUGUCCAAUUUGAUUGGGAUAGUAGUUGGGAUAACUAAAAUUCUGGGCCUAAUUUUUUAAAGGAUCCAAGACAAACUAAACUUUACGGGGUAUAUAACCUUCUCAAUGAGUUACCAUUCUUCUUUUUUAUAAGAAAAAUUGUUCCUUGAAAUGCUAAACUUAAUGGCUGUAUGUGAAAUUUGCAAAAUACUGGUAUUAAAGAAUGCUGCAGCUUUUUUAUGUCACUCAAAGGUCAGUCAGAGUAUCUGAAAGGAAUUGUUUUUAUAAAAACAUUGAAGUAUUAGUUACUUGCUAUAAAUAGAUUUUUAUUUUUGUUUUUUAGCCUGUUAUAUUUCCUUUUGUAAAAUAAAAUAUGUCCAGAAGAGGCAAAAUAGGUAGUUUUGAUAUUUCUAAAUCACGAAAGUUGUUUAGUAAGUAUAUCUUAAGAAUCUGCUAGAGUUAAAGUUAAUGUUGUUUCUAGAUUAGGUAGUGUCCUCAUUUUAUAUUGUGACCACACAGCUAGAGCACCAGAGCCCUUUUGCUAUACUCACAGUCUUGUUUUCCCAGCCUCUUUUACUAGUCUUUCAGGAGGUUUGCUCUUAGAACUGGUGGUAUAAAGAAUGGAAGUAGCUGUAUGAGCAGUUCAAAGGCCAAGCCGUGGAAUGGUAGCAAUGGGAUAUAAUACCUUUCUAAGGGAAACAUUUGUAUCAGUAUCAUUUGAUCUGCCAUGGACAUGUGUUUAAAGUGGCUUUCUGGCCCUUCUUUCAAUGGCUUCUUCCCUAAAACGUGGCGACUCUAAGUUAAUGUCGUUACUAUGGGCCAUAUUACUAUUGCCCACUGGGGUCUAUGAUUUCUCAAAAUUUUCAUUCUGAAUCCGAAGGAUAGAGUCUUUAAACUUUAGAAUUCCCAAGAGGGCCUUAUUACACCUCAGAAAUUGAAAGCACCAUGAAUUUGUCUAUUAAAAAAUUAUCCAUAGUUUUUUUAGGGCUUUUAACAUUCUGACAUGCAUCAUUCUGUGAUUAAAUCUCCAGAUUUCUAUAAAUGAUACCUAUAUUCUAAAGAGUUAAUUCUAAUUAUUCCGAUAUGACCUUAAGGAAAAGUAAGGGAAUAAAUUUUUGUCUUUGUUGGAGUGAAGUAUUUAAUAGAGUAAGGUAAAGAAGAUAUUAAGUCCCUUUCAAAAUGGAAAAUUAAUUCUAAACUGAGAAAAAUGUUCCUACUACCUAUUGCUGAUACUGUCUUUGCAUAAAUGAAUAAAAAUAAACUUUUUUUCUUCAAA